AUGGCAACGCUGACGCAGAAAAUAGCAGACUGGGUCACCAAGUAUGGCUUUGAACGCAUUGCCUUGCAAUUCCCGGACGCCCUUCUAGCUGACGCACCUGAAAUACUACAAAAGGUUUGCUUUGCUCUGAAGGAGCGACGCGUCUUUAUUCUUGGUGACUCGUCCUCCGGAGGAGGUGGUGUUGAUGAGGUGGGUGCACUACACUACGGGGCUGAUUGCAUCGUACGCUUUGGGAAUGCAGAACAGCAAAGAGGUGGCGACUUGCCCGUUCUCUUUGUGUUUGGGGAUGAUGACAGCUCGGACGCUUUCUGUGUUGGAGAUGCGGAUGAAGUGGUUCGCCGCGUUGACGGCUUGUUUGCAAAACAAGGGCAUUCUGAAGCUGAUGAGAUGAAUGCACACCUUCUAGUUCUUUGCGACCUGCCCAACCAGCACCUCGCAGAACGGCUUGGAACGGCUCUUCUUGAAGGCUUUGGCAAGUCUUCCGCUUCAGGGCAGCCUCAAUGGCAUGUUCUGAUGGCCAUCCCACGACUGGAGGUCUUCUCUGGAGAUGUACCAGUUUGGCAUGAUUUUCGUUGGGGAUGCUUAGACAUAGCAGAUGGGUGGUGGUCUGCACUCGGAACUUUGACUUUGGCUGGAGCUGCAAGACCUCCCGUGUUGAAGGUGUGUGGGAGGGAAGUCCAUGCUCUAGGGCCCAACGAGGAGACAGCCUCUGUUGCAGGCAGAGCUUUGCCACCCAACAGCGCGAUCCUCUACGUUGGUCCCAGAGGGUCCACCUUGGAACGUUGUGUGCUUCUCGGUUAUGGAGCCACCUGUCCGGUUUGGAGGCUGGAGAGAUCCUGUGUGGAAGAAACGGACAGGAGACAGGCUCCAUUGGAAAGGAUUUUCAGCCAUGCCUUGUUGCAGAAAAGAUAUCGUUUCGUGGAACUGGCCAAGGCAGCUGGCACCGUAGGACUGCUCCUGGUGGCAGCAGGUGGUCCAACUGCUUUAGGUCGAGCCUUGGCUCGUCGCUUGGAGCUGCUGCUCGCGAGGGCGGGACGGCAGUCAUAUCGUCUGGUGGUGGGGCAGCCAACCCAAGAGAAGCUGGGCAACUUCCCUGAUAUCGAAUGCUAUGUCUUGCUUUCGGGCCCCGAGCAGUUUACUUGGGAAGUGCGUGAUUUGAUGGUCCCGGUUUGUACGCCCUUCGAAUUGGAAGUGGCUCUUGGCGCACGAAAAUGGACAGGGGAAUACAUCACCGAUUUGGAGGAGCUACUUCGAACUGCUCCAAUGACCGAAUUACUGUCCCAGACUUCCGAGGAAGGUCCAACUGUGGUUCAGACCCUUGGUGCCACCAAAAUCAGGUCCUUUGAAAAGAGCUCUCAGCAGACUGCAGUUGGCAGCCAGAGCUCACAAAAGGACCGGGUUAAGCCUCCGCCAGCUAGCAUCACUCCAGGCCUUCAUGGUGUGCCGUGGAAGUACAGCCAAGAAGAGUUCUUAAGCUUGUCUCCCAAGCUGGCUGUGCAAAGCGUAAUUGAAGGGCCUUUCGGCUGGAGCUAUGCGACGCCACGUUGUGCCCGGGGCUCAGUGACAUACAUGCAGGUUGUCGAGGAUUCGGAGGAUGCAGAUACAUCGUCGUUUGGUUUUGUUCAGCUCGUAGCGGUGUCCGUUUGCAUCAUCGGUCUGUUGGCGAUUGUGUUACAAUUCCGUUUGGUGGCAUCGGACAGAGGACCUCAACUCCGGCAUGAUUUGGGCCAAGCCUUUCGUCGAAGGCUGCCAGUGAAGCUUGGAACUGCCGAGUUUCGAGCGCGCAGAGAGGAGAGAUCAGGAAUACUCAGCACUUCCAAGCAAGAGCUCAAGGACUUGGGCGUGGUGCCCUCCACGGAUGAUUUGACCCAGCAGCUGGCAGAGAUAGACCGAGUUCAAAAGAAAGCUGCAGAGACACUGAGCCGGCGGCCUGCUCCUGCCCCACAAACGGUGGAAAAGAUGGAGAUGGAGAGCGUCCCAACUGAGAGGCAUUCAACUUCUAGUCCGGCUUCAGAGCACAGCAGGAGCUGUGCUUGGGACCGCCAUGUCGGACGAUAUUUGGGUGAGUACCUGACUGCAGGGCAAGAGGUCGAUCUCUUAGACGCACAAGAGAAGUGCAUCGCUGCCGGUGCCGCGUGCGCGGGGGUCACUUGCAUGAGCUCUGCUGAACGUUGCAAUCCUCGCCGCGGCCUUCCGUACUUGGCACCCUCUCCUUCUGCUCAGGAGGUUUCCUACACAAAAAAGUGCCCGAAGACGGCUAGGGGACAAUCCACGUCCAAGGCUUCUCUCGUGCGAACUCCUGUGCAGCGAACCUCCCGAGAGCCAUUGAGGCCUGAGGAUCUUUUAGUUGUGGUGCUUGCACACAAUCGGCCAGACUGCCUGGACAAGUGCAUGAAAAAAUUGGCUGAACUAGAGGAGGUCAGAAAUACCCGCAUUGCCGUGUCUUUGGAUGAGCCUGGUGCGUAUGCAGCAAUGGAAGCCAUCGUUCAGCGGUAUCGGGCAGACUUGCGGACGGAAGUAUGGCACAAAGCUGCGUUUGUUGGGAGGCGAGGCCCCGUGAAUUCAAAGACCGCAGUUUCCAAAAUCUCGGAGCACUUCCGCUUUGCUCUCGAAGAGAGCUUCCAGCGUAAAGGCUUCGAGUUCGUUGUUUUUCUGGAGAAUGACUUGUUUGUGGCACCCGACUUUUUGUGGUUGUUCCGAGCGACAGCAUGGCUGCUGCAGGAAGAUGAUUCGCUGUUCUGCGUAUCUGCAUGGAAUGACAAUGGCAUGCCUAACAUGGUCUCCAACGAGACAAGGCUAUUUCGUACAGACUACUUUCCAGGACUCGGCUGGAUGAUCCAGAACAAGACCUGGCACAAGAUCAAGCAGGAGUGGCCACGCUUCCCCAGCACAGGAUGGGACCAUUGGCUUCGGCAUGGGUCUGGCCUAUACCCCCGCGAAUGUAUUGCUCCUGAAGUCUCCAGGACCCACCAUUUUGACACCCGUGGUACGAAUGUGAAAACUGGCAGCCCAAUCGCCAAGAAGCUGAGCGGGAUGCCCUUCAGCAGCUUGAAACCUCAAAAGCUGGGUGACCUCAGCUACUUGAUGCAAGAGAACUAUGAGGAGCAGCUGCAGAGCAGCAUGCGCCAAGCCAACCUGGUGACUGCAGAGCAGCUGGACAACCUGGACCACAACAAGGUCUACUUGGUGCCAUUUCUCCGCCGGGACUGGAAGAAACUUGCGGCCAAGCUGCAACUCAAUGAGGCACAACCUCGUUCAUCUCACAACGGAAUCAUUUUUAUCAGGGAGCCCAAGAGUGGCGCACAACUCUUCCUUGCAGACCGUAUCAAGAGUCAAGGCCUGCUGCCUGAAUCAGAGCGAGCAGUGCCCCACCCCAAGCGGCAUGUACAAAAGGCUCUACCUGGCGAGUCCUGUGCGGACAUGUGCAUCAGAAUGGGUAUGCACUGCGCUGACCUGGAGCUGGAGUUUAUCAACAACUGUGCCGCACUGAAGGAGCAUUUCCAUUGUGAGGAAGGUUGUGGCCACCAAGUCGGGCAGGAGAUACCAUGCUAUGUCCACGAAGCCACCAGAGACACUGGCAAGCAGUGUCUGGUCACGGAUGAUGCAACUCCGCUUUGUUCAUCGAAGAACCGGGCUACAACGAGACUUUGUUCGUGCAUUCCUGCCUGAAGCCUGAAUUCCAGUGGAAUUGAUGGCUGAAUGAUUUUGCCCGCAGAUGCUUGCCAUGGUGGCUUUCUGAAUAUUGAUUCAAAGGCUAAUGUGCUUACAAGUCUUGAAUUUUAGAUGUUUGAAAGUCUGCUCCCAAAGUUGGCGCGGAAAUUGCAGGCCAGGAGCUACUCAUGCGGUCAGU